UUCAAUCAAUUGGACUCGUUAUAGUGGGACUGGACCAUGCUUGCCUAAGGCCUCUAUGUUUUUGCUGGUGAUCUGAUGGCUGGCUGGUGCUGCUGGCUGGUGCUUCUUGGGCUAUGCGCUUUCCAACGAUUCUCUCUAAUUCAAAGCUCUCUAAUUGGAUUUUGAGAAUCAAGGAGGCAUCAUCAAAUGGAAAUUUCCAUGAAGUGAUUUCACACUAUAUUCAACUGAAAAUUGCAGGACCUCUACCGGUAUAUGAUUCGCUCUUCCCUCCUAUUCUCAAAGCAUUUUCAUAUGUUUCCCCCAAGCAUGGAAGGGCUGUUCAUGCUUGCUUGAUCAAGCGAGGAUUUGAAUCAUUUACUUCUAUUGGGAAUUCCAUCAUGAGUUUUUACGUCAAGUGUGCCGACAUGGAUGCUGCAAGGAGCGGUUUUGACUCUAUGAGGUGCAGAGAUUCGGUUUCUUGGAAUAUUUUAGUUCAUGGGUUUCUUGAUCAUGGUGCUUUGGUAGAAGGGUUGUGGCAUUUCACUAGUGCUAAGGUUGCUGGGUUUGAACCCAACAUUUCCACAUUGGUACUUGUAAUUCAAGCGUGUCGUAAUCUUAGCGCGAAGUUUGAAGGGCUGCAAUUACAUUGUUAUCUAAUUCAGAGUGGGCAUUGCACCAUUUCUUCCAUUCAGAAUUCCUUGCUCUGCAUGUAUGCUGAUGAUGACAUGGAAUGUGCAAGAAAUAUGUUUGAUGAAAUGCGUGAGAAAGAUGUCAUCUCUUGGAGUGUGAUGAUAGGUGGUUAUGUGCGGAGCCUGGAAGCUCAGACGGGGUUGCAGAUGUUUCAAGAGAUGGUAUCAAACCCUGCGAUUGAACCAGAUGAAGUGACUAUGGUCAGUGUUCUAAAAGCAUGUUCCUAUUCAGUGAACAUACAUACGGGUAGAUUGGUGCACGGAUUUUUGAUUCGCAGAGGUUUUGUUAAUGAUUUGUUUGUCAAUAACUCUUUGAUUGAUAUGUAUUCUAAUUGUUAUGAUGCUGAUUCUGCAUUUAAUAUUUUUAAGGAGAUGUCUAGGAGGAACGAUGUCUCAUGGAAUUGUAUGAUAUCUGGAUUAGUCCUUAAUGAGAACUAUUCAGAAGCUCUAUCAGUGAUUAGUUCAAUGCAGCAGGAGGGGACUGAGGCAGAUGAAGUGACUUUGGUGAAUAUUCUUCAAAUCUGCAAAUACUUUGCUCACCCAUAUCAGUGCAAAGCAGUCCACUGUGUGAUAAUCCGUCAUGGAUGUGAAUCAAAUGAAUUACUGCAUAAUUCUCUUAUUGAUGCUUAUGCAAAGUGCAAGCUUAUUGAACAUGCAUGGGAAGUCUUUAUUGGGAUGAGGAGAAGAGAUGUGGUUGUUUGGAGCACAAUGAUUGCUGGGUUUGCAUAUUGUGGUAUGCCUGACAAAGCAAUAAGUGUCUUCCAAGAGAUGAACAAGUCAACAGAGAUUCCUAAUGCAGUUACCAUUAUGAAUCUUCUCGAGGCUUGUUCAGUUUCAGCUGAUUUGAAUAGGUCAAAGUGGGCACAUGGAGUUGCAGUUCGAAGAGGUUUAGCUGUAGAAGUGACAGUUGGAACUGCAAUUGUCGUUAUGUACUCCAAAUGCGGGGAAAUAGAGGCCUCAAGAAAGGCCUUCAAUCAAAUUCGCCAGAAAAAUAUAGUAACAUGGAGCGCUAUGAUAGCUUCGUAUGGGAGGAAUGGUCUUGCCCAUGAAGCCUUGGCAUUGCUUGAUGAAAUGAAAUUGCAUGGCCUCAAGCCAAAUGCUCUAACUAUUGUCUCAGUGCUUGCUGCCUGUAGUCACUGUGGAUUAGUUGAAGAGGGGCUCUCUAUAUUCAAGUCGAUGGUUGAAGACCAUGGGCUUGAACCAGUUUCUGAACAUUACUCGUGCAUUGUUGGCCUGUUAGGUCGUGCAGGAGAGCUCGAUAGCGCAAUGGAAUUGAUCAAGAUGAUGCCUGAAAGUUCUAAGGCUGGUGCAAGUGUUUGGGGGGCACUACUUAGUGCUUGCAGAAACUAUGGGAAUACUAAGCUUGGCAGAGAAGCUGCCUCUUGCGUUCUUGAGCUGGAGCCUCUAAAUUCAGCUGGUUAUUUAUUGGCAUCAAGCAUGUUUGCUGCUGAUGGUUUGUGGGUUGAUGCAACUAGGAUGAGAUUAUUAGCCGAGGAAAGAGGAAAAGAGGCUACUGCUGGUUACAGCUUAAUACAUGCUGAUAGCAAGGCGAGUUGAUGCAACACGCGCGAUAGGCUACAUCAAUUGCAUGAGAAUAUUGAUGAAAUUAAAAACAUGGUUUUGUUGAAUGCUAGCCCUUUUGCAGAUUGGACAAAGAGUUUGGUCGUGAUUGGUACAGGAGUGGGCAUGGUUGUUGAGAGUCUCAAACCGACUUAAAGGAUCUAAACCGACUCAAAUUAUAACAUCGAAUUAAAUUUAUUCUAAUAUUUUGGUUUGGUCCUGAUUUUUUUUUUUGAACAGAAUCAAAAUAAAAAAUUUUA